ACUCAUGCAAUUCUUAUAAUACUAUGAACAUAUUCAACUCUAUACAUUCUAUAAAUAAACACAUCUUUUCAUCCCCUCAAAAUCAAACAGCUUGACCUCAAACCUACUCCAACAAUGUCCAAGGCCACUGAAUCUCUUCUCAAUGGAGGAUACAUAGCAGUUGCUAAUCCUGCAAACCAAGUUUAUCCAUCUCCAUCCCUUCGUCGUUUCCGAAAAGCUCUCAAGGCUGUGGUGUUCAUCUCCGUCGUUCUCUGCCUAGCCGGUGUUGUCGUUUGGCAUGUCCUCCGGCCAAAGCCGAUCGAGGUCUAUGUCUCCAGUGCAACCCUAACUCAGUUUGCCCUAACUGAAACCAACAAUCUCAAUUACAAUCUUUCUCUAAGCUUGCUAUUCAGAAACCCAAAUAGUAAGGGACACAUUAAAUAUAAGUGGAUGCAUGCUAGUAGUUAUUAUCAUGGAGAAAGUUUAGGAUGGAUACCAAUCCAUAGUUUUGAGAGAGGCUGCCAGAGCAUGGUGCCGGUGAAUACGGUCUUUGCAGGGACUAAAAACAUGAGUAUUAGAGGCUCUCAGCUCGAAGAGAUCCAUAGAGAAGGGUUCUUUGAUGUGGAUGUUAAGGUUUAUGCUUGGUUGAAGUAUAAGAUAAAAUUCUUCAAGACCAAACACCGUAUGGCUAAGAUCAAGUGUGAGCUUGAAGGGAUGGUGUUGGAAGGUAAAAGAACAUCUGAAAAUGGUGGAUUUGAAGGUACAAGGUGUGAGGUUCAUAUGUGAUCUUUAAUUCUAUGGUUAUUUGAGGACUCUAUAUAGUUUAUCUUUAAUUAAUGUUGGCCGGGAUGCAUACAUAUGCAUAUAUGUAUGUAUUAUGUGUAAUUAUAUCUAAUAAGGAAUGCAUGACAUACCUAAUUAUAUAUAUAGAUAUAUAUAUAUAUUAUAUAUAUAUAUAUAUAUAUAUAAGAGAUGUGUAUGUUGUAUAAUUGUGAGAUUUAUAACAAUACCGUAGAUAUUGAAAGGGAUAUAUGCAUGAUUGAUUGCUAAUGAUACAGGUUGAUUUCACACUACAAUAAAAUGGCGCUGAUGAAUAUUAGUAGCGAAUUUUAUAUGUGCUACUAAAUUUAUAUAUAUAAAAAUAUUUUUAG